AUUAUUUAGAUCACUGCAAGCUGUAGUCGGCUCGUGGUGUGCUGUUUAACUGCGCGUUCGGUGGCAUCUGAACCACUUCUCGCUUGAGAAUUACCUCAACAGGCGAGCAUUUUUCGUAACCGGUAGAAUCUUCAUGUUCUUGGAGUCGGCGCUGGUGACUUAAGGAUGCCAGGAAUGAGCACGAGAAAGUUAUUCAGAAGUAAGAAGGUUUUGCUGGAAGAUGGCUUACAAGAAGCGGGAAUUUUGGUGGGACAGGAGGGGAAGAUCGACAGAAUAAUGAGAAAACAUGAGCUGGAAACCCUUCAGAAAAAUGUGGAGGUCUUUGACGUGGGAACGCUCGUGAUAAUGCCUGGUUUGGUCGAUUCUCACGUGCACGUGAACGAACCAGGACGAACAGAAUGGGAGGGAUACUGGACUGCCACGAGAGCGGCUGCAGCUGGAGGUGUUACCACCAUCGCAGACAUGCCACUAAACUCCAUCCCACCCACAACUACAAAAAAGAAUUUAGAGACCAAAAUGAUUGCAGCAGAAGGGAAAAUGCACGUCGAUGUUGCUUUCUGGGGAGGAGUUGUACCCGGCAAUCAGAGAGAAUUAAAGGACAUGGUAAAAGCUGGAGUGGUGGGAUUCAAAUGCUUCCUGUGUCCCAGUGGAGUCGAUGAAUUUCCAAACGUGACAAAACAGGAUGUGGAAGCAUCGCUAAAAGAGUUAGAAGGAACAAAUUCUGUCCUCGCAUUCCAUGCAGAAUGUGAUCUGGGGGAAGAACACAUAAAAUCUACAGAUAAUCGUUCUGAGUAUCAGACGUUCCUGAGAUCAAGACCACCAAAGAUGGAGGUAGCCGCUAUUCAACUCAUAACACAAUUAUGCUCAAAAUACAGUGUCAGGUGCCAUAUUGUUCACCUAUCAGCAGCAGAGGCACUGCCACUUGUGAGGGCAGCUAAGAGCAGUGGGGCUCACCUCACAGUUGAGACGUGUCAUCACUACCUGACACUCAACGCAGAAGCAAUUCCAGAUUCUGCCAUGCAAUACAAAUGCUGUCCACCCGUUAGAAGUCUCCAAAACAGGGAAAGACUAUGGGCUGCUUUAGUAUCUGGUGAGCUAGACAUGGUGGUAUCUGACCACUCACCAUGCACACCAGAAUUGAAACAAACGAAAGAAGGAGAAGGUGACUUUUUAUCAGCCUGGGGUGGAAUAUCCUCCCUCCAGUUUGGGUUGUCACUUUUCUGGACUGAAGCCAGGAAGCGAAGUUUUUCAAUAGCAGAUGUAUCACGCUUCUUGAGCCACAACCCGUCCAAACUCUGUGGACUGGAUCAUGCCAAAGGACAACUCAAAGAAGGGAUGGAUGCAGAUUUCGUAAUAUGGGAUCCAGAAGCAACAUUCAAGGUGGAGAAAUCAAUAAUUCAACACAAACACAAGCUGACACCUUACCUUGGGAAGCAGUUAGAUGGAUGUGUCAUAUAUACCAUUCUACGCGGUCGCACUGUGUAUCAAAACGGGAAAUUUUCACCUCCUCUGGGUCAACUGGUUCUUUCUUCAGCAUCAUUAAACUGAACUGCACUUCUCGAAGAGAAAACUUUGUUUUGUUUUCUUCUUUGCACUACGAAACAAGAUUAAUUCAAAAAAUAUAAUUCUGUCUGUCAGUACUAUACUCACUGAUGUAACAAAACCUGUACUCAGUAUUUUGUACAUCUUUCUAAUAUAGACAUAAAUAAUUCAUUAAAUUAAAUUUCAUUUAA